AUUUGGUGCAACUAUAGGACCUUGGUUGCAAAAAUGAUCUAUAUGGUCACAGUUCAUGUCAAUAACGUCACAAGAGCCAAAUUGGAGCCAUUUGUACCUAUCUGAUUGUUGAUUGCCUCUGUCAGAUGGACACUCAGGAUUGUUCAGAGAAGUCACAGAAUUCAUUCCUUGGAACUUUCUGCUAAAAGUUCAGUUCCAGUCAAGGGGAAAGACAACCAGUAUCAGAAACAGCUUCCAGAAAAUUGAGUUUCUACUCUCAAUGCCAUCCAAUUUGUAUCAGAAGAAAAAUGGAGUGAGAUUACUUAUGAUAUUCAUGGUCGUCAAAACUUUCCCGAGGACUAAGACCCAGAUAGGUCUUAAGAAAGUGAAACAACUUUGUGGUAAAAGAGAAUUUCAAGAUGUCACUCACUUCUAAAUCAAAAAGAUCAGCUGUGUACUCUGGAUAUAAGGUUUAAUAUCAAAUAAAAUAUUUAUUGACAUUCUUCUUGAUUUGAUUACUUUGAACCUUGGAACAAACAGCCUUCCUGAUGUAUGGAUGCGCCUCACAGUUUCAGAUUUACAAAAUCUGGCAACUACAUUAAUGGUGAACGCAGAACUUAUUGAUUGGCGCAGAUUCUUAUUAACAGCAGCUCAACCAUGGCCAGUUCCCUCUGUGAUACAGCUCCUUAAUACCCUGCACAGCUUUAAGGCUGUUGAUGAAGCUGGAUCAGGCUUUGUUACACAGGAAUACUAUAAUCAGGUUGGUUUAUGGUUUAAAGGCAGUGAAGAUUUAAAAAUGCCAGAAAAUCCUACAGAACCUUUGCCUUUUAAUAGACAGGAGCAUCUUAUAAUGUUUUUCUUUAUUUUAUUUGCUGAUGCCAGAAAAGAUCCCUCUCAACUUGACUACACUAAGAUGCUGCUUUAUUUUGCUUCACAUCCUGAUGCUGUUGAGGGAGUCUACCGAGCGCUUAGUAUUGCUACUGGAACAUACAUCCGUAGAAGAAAAGAGGUUUCUCCUCCACAUGUGUCUCUUUCCCACACUGAUAUGCUGAUAAAGGAAGAGCCUUUGGUGGAAAAAGGAGAAAUCUUGCCUUGCACAGAUGAGGGAAGAAUUUCUAUGGCAACUCUACAAAGAGUGUUCCAUCAUGAAGGAAGUAAAGCUGGUGACAACCAUAGAUUCAGUAGUCCGCAGAAGGCAGGCAGUAAUAAUAAGCAUUUCAGAAAAAUAUACGAGGAACUGGGCUCUGAGGAUCUGAAACCCAUUCCAGUUACCAUUCUUUUGAAGCAUCCUUUCAUUCAGGACUUGAUUAACAGCUACCAGGGGUACAAACUUCCUGUACGAAAGGACAAUCUUCUAGGCAACUCAGGUUCCGGCUUUGUUUACCUGGGAUGGUGCUCUAUCUGGCAUUCUAUACAGCAGAGAGCAGGGGUCGGCAACGUUUGGCACGCGGCUUGCCAGGGUAAGCACCCUGGCGGGCCGGGCCAGUUUUAUUUACCUGCUGACGUGGCAGGUUCGGCCGAUCGCGGCCACCACUGGCCGUCCCGGGCCAACAGGGGCGGCGAGAAGCCACGGCCAGCACAUCGCUCGCCCGCGCCGCUUACGCUGGCGAGCCGCGUGCCAAACGUUGCUGACCUCUGGCACAGAGCAACAUGGACUCGCUGCAUAACAUACUCUUUGUUAGUACCAAAUAAGAUCUUGGUGAAACUUUCUUCUCUUUCACCUCUGCAGAAGUUGCCCAACCUUCUUCUCCAUCCAAUUUGACUUUUACUGCAUCUCCUGGUUGAAGUUUUGGAAAAGUUCUCAUGGAAUUGUGCUUGUCAAGAUGACUUUUCUAUUUUUUUAUUGUUCUCUUAUCAGCACGUUUUAAACUUUCACCAUGUAGGAUGCAAAUUCUUCAACUAUCUAUAGUUUUUAUUUGUCUAUUGAGCGUCGAUAGAGCUGAAUUGAAUUUAGUCAUUUCAUUCAGAAUUGCUCUAUAAAUUAAUUAAGCUAAGAAUGCCUUUUUCUACAAAAUUUCUUUAGCUAUCUAACUCUUUCAGCUUCUCCAUUCUCUUAAGGAUAAUGAGAGCUAAUAGUAAUAGGAAGGGAACGUUUUUUUUUCAUGAAAUUUGUAUCUGUAAAUUGUAGACCAUUGUCUGUAACUAGUUUCUCUGGAAUUCCCCAAUGAGCAAAUAUAUUCUUUAACUUUCCAAUGAUGCUCAUUUUUGCGGCAUAUGCACAUUUGUAAACAUUCUGACUAAUGGCUAUAGCAGCUAUGUACUUGCGACUGUCUAGCUCACACAGAUCAAUAAACUUACACUUUCAAGAUGUGACAUGGAAAAGUGCCCUUCUUUUGUAUUGGUUUAUUAACCUGACAACAUGCACGGUAGUAUCCUUUUUCUGGCUGUCUACUUAUCCCUGGCUAACACACUGUCAUUUGGGCAUGUUUUCUGCAUUUGGUAAUGCCCUGGUGACCAUCGUGUAUUUUAUUCAAAACUUCCUCACUCAGGCCUGAUUCAGCAAAGUAUU